GCGGCGGAGGCUGGUUUUUCCAGCUUGUGGCGGCCCCUGGCGGCAGCGGGGCUUCAAUGUGACGGUCGGACCUGAGCGCCUGCCAUGGAGCUGCAGAAAGAGGCGCGAACACCCAGGGACCCCGUCGCGCGGCUACCCGGGGCCUCUAGGUCUCAGAAGCCGGACGAGGAGGAGCGGCGGGAGGGCGGCUCAGCCCCGGCGGCGACUGCCUUGGACGCGGAGGCGGACGGGGCUAGUGCGGACGGCCUGUGGGAACUGCCAGUGGAGCCGGCUGAGCGGAGGCCCGAGUGCAGCCGCUGCAGCCGACCUCAGAAAGUGUGUUUGUGUCCGUUUCUACCAGUGCAUCCUCUACACAUCUCUACCCACUUGUACAUAAUUCAGCAUCCAGCAGAGGAAAACAAGGUGUUGCGGACAGUUCCUCUGCUAGCAGCAUGUCUCCCCCAAGAUAAGUGUAAAGUCAAGAUUGGUCGUCGCUUCAGUGAGGAAAGAGAUCCUGAACUUUCAACUGUUUGUCGGAAGUCUGAUACAUUAAUAUUAUAUCCAGGGGCUGAAGCUGCUAAUUUGGAAGAAUUUAUAUUAGAUUCUCCUAUUUAUCCUUCCACAAUCAUCAUCAUCGAUGGUACAUGGAGCCAGGCUAAGGACAUUUUCUACAAGAAUUCCUUGUUCCGACUGCCUAAACAGGUGCAAUUAAAAACCAGCAUUUCUAGUCAGUAUGUAAUUCGGGCGCAACCAACUAAUAGGUGCCUUUCUACACUGGAGUGUGCAGCUGUUGCUCUUUCUAUCUUGGAGAAAAAUAAUUACAUACAAGAGACUUUGCUUCGCCCUCUUCAAGCUUUAUGCUCUUUCCAGCUUCAGCAUGGUGCUCAAAUUCGCCUCAGCAAGGAACACCUUCUGAAAAAUGGAUUAUAUCCUAAGCCGAUGCCAAAGAACAAACGCAAACUCAGGAAAAUGGAACUAUUAAUGAACAGCAUUAAAAUUUAGUACAGUUGUUCUUAUGGUGCUAGUUUUGUUGUCUUCAGCUGACAAUAACGAGUUAACUUUUUAUACAUUUUAAGUCUAUGGGUUUUUGUCUAAAGAAUGAGAGUUACAUACUAAACUUACCCAGAAGAAGAAAGUAAUCCAAAUAGCCAAAAAACAAACAAACAAAAUUCAGUGAUUCAGUGAAAAGCAAGAUUUCGUACUGUAUUUGUUUUUAAAAUGUGCCUCUAAUACAUUUUUUCAAGUCAGUAAUUUGAAAUGUGAUUAGUUGUUGAGCUGGGUUAGAAGUACUUAUUAAUAAAAGGGAAUGGAAGGAAAUUGAUGUGCCUGACUGGUCCAGUAUUGUUUCUGUUAGUAUUUAUAGAUAAUUAGGUGUAGACCUAUAAUAGAGGAUAAUCUUGCACAUGAACAUUAUAGUUUGAAAUAAGUAACAAAAGAAAAUAAUAAUCAAGUAAUCUAGGUUGAAUUUAUUUAUUUCAUAAAUAAGUAUUCUUUAGGGACUAAAAUUGAAUUCAGCCAAUGUGAUUUAAGUGUGUGAUUAAUUGCCCAUAUUUUUAAAGUUAAAGUUUAAUUAGAAAAAGUAUAUUCACUGUCUAACAUUAUUUUCAGGUGUACAACAUAAUGAUUUGGUAUUUGUAUACGUUGCAAAAUGAUCACUACAAUAAGUCUAGUUAAAAUCUGUCAUCUUACAUAAUUAGAACAAAUUUUUUUCUUGUGAUGAGAAGUUUUAAGAUAUACUCUCUUAGCAAUUUUAAAAUAUACAAUACAGUAUUACUAACUAUAGUCACCAUGCUGUAUAUUUCAUUCCCAUGACUUACUUGUUUAAAAACGGCCCUUUUGACCCUCUUCACCCAUUUCACUCCCACCCUCACCUCCAACCCUGCCUCUGGUAAACACCAGUCUAUUUUCUGUAUCUUAGAGCUUGUCUGUCUAUAAGCUUUUUUUUUUUUUUUCCAGAUUCCACAUUUAAGUGAUACCAUUUCUUUGUCCGACUUACUUCAAUUAGCAUAAUGCCCUAAAGGUCCAUCCAUGUUGUUGCAAAUGGCAAGAUUUCAUUAUUUUUUUAUGGAUGAAUAAUACUCCUUUAUAUAUAUAUAGAUAUAUAUAUAUAUGUGCGUGUGCGUGCAUGUGUGUAUCACAUUUUCUUUAUCCAUUCAUCCAUUGAUGGGAUGCUUAGGUUGUUUCCAUAUCUUGGCUGUUGUAAAUAAUGCUGUAAUGAACAUGGUGGUGCAGAUAUCUUUUCGAGUUAGUGUUUUCUUUGGAUAAAUACCCAGAAGUGGAGUCACUGGAUCAUAUAGUAAUUCUGUUUUCAAUUUUUGAGGAACCUCCAUGCUGCCUUCCAUAGUGGCUGCAUCAAUUUAUAUUUCCACCAGCAGUGCACAAGGAUUCACUUUUCUCCACAUCUUUGCCAGCAUUUGUUAUUUAUUGUCUUUUUGAUGACAGCCAUUCUGACAGGUGUGAGGUGGUGACUCAUUUUGGUUUUGAUUUGCAUUUCCCUGAUGAUUAGUGAUGCUGAGCAUCUUCUCAUGUACCUGUUGGCCAUCUAUAUGUCUUCUUUGGAAAGAUGUCUAUUCAGAUCCUCUGCCCAUUUUUAAAUUGGAUUGUUUGUUUUUUUGAUAUUUAAUUGUAAUAGUUCUUUAUAUAUUUUGGAUAGUAACCCCUUAUUAGAUAUAUGAUUUGCAAAUAUUUUCUCUCAUUAAGUAGGAUGCUUUUUCAUUUUGUUGAUGGUUUCCUUUGCUGUGCAGAAGUUCUUCAGUUUGAUGUACUCCCACUUGUUUAUUUUUGCAUUUAUUGCCUGCCUUUGCUUCUGGUGUGAGAUUCAAAAAAGCAUUGCCAAGACCUAUGUCAUAGAGCUUACUGCUUAUGUUUUCUUCUGGGAGUUUUACGGUUUUAGGUCUUACAUUUUAGUUCUUAAAUCCAUUUUGAGUUGAUCUUUGUGUAUGGUGUAAGAUAGUGGUCCAGUUUCCUUCUUUUGCGUGUGGCUACAUGUGGCUGUUCAGUUUUCCCAACAUCUAUUGAAGAGACUGUCUUUUCUCCAUUGUAUAUUCUUGCCUCCUUUGUGGUAGAUUAGUUGACCAUAUAAGUGUGGGUUUGUUUCUUGGUUGUUUGUUUCAUUGAUCUAUGUGUCUGUUUUUGUGCUAGUACCAUACUGUUUGAUUACUGUAGCUUUGUAAUAUAGUUUGAAAUCAGGAAGCAUGAUACCUCCAGCUUUGUUCUUCUUUCUCAAGAUUGCUUUGGCUAUUCAUGGUCUUUUUUGGUUUCAUACACAUUUUAGGAUUAUUUGUUCUAUUUCUGUGAAAAAUGCUAUUGGAAUUUUGAUAGAUAUAGCAUUGAAUCUAUAGAUUGCCUUUGAUAGAGCCCUAAUUUUUAAAGAGGUGCAUGUAAUUUUGAAAUAGCACACAUUUUCAUUUGUAUGCAAUCUGGAUAAGUUUAGAUUUCUCAGUAUUCAUUGAACAAGUUUAUUCACUGUGAUAAACUACUUAUAUUGAAGUUUUCACAUGGAAAUAACUGUAGAAUAUAAGACAGCUAUAAUUUCGAGAACAAAUAUAAAUAUUUUUAGUGGACAAAAACUUCCAAUUUGAGAGAAUAAAUUUUUCCCACUCCCUUGGGAAAAUAUUUAAGGAGAUUUCUAUAUAGAAUAAGAGACAUACAUGUAGUAUAUAUUUAUAUCUAACUUACAUCUACUGCAGUUAUGUACACAUUUCAGCAAGAAGAGGGGACUUUGUUUUUUCUUUACUUAUGACUUCUAGAGUUUCCUGUAUGUAGUUUUAAAUUGUAAGGAAAAACUAAACAUUAGAUUUAAAAGUAAGCUUUAUACACACACACACACACACACACACACACAUACACACACACAUUUAAUUUUUUCUAGUAUACAGAGCUUUUUUAGUCACUUACUCUCUUUAAGCAUUUUUAAAUACAUUUUAAAAACUAUUAAUACUUUUAGUUACUAAAAUUUUUCAAAAUGUGUAGUAUUAUGUGAGGAUUUAACUUAAUCUGGUUUUUAAAAGUCGUUACUUUUUUAUUAUAUUAGUUGACUUUUAACUUCAGAUGCUUUGUAUCUGGUUGAGUUGCCUGGAUUAAUUCUAGGUUUUGUGGAUUUGUAGCUGUAGAGUAUACAUAUAGGCUUUACAUGUAUACUCUACACUUUGAUAUGGGGUAGAUUGUUUUGUGAAUUGUUAUUUAAACCAUGUAACUCAGAGAGUAUUCCUUUAUAUAUAAGGUGACCAUGUGUUUAGUCAGCCUUUUUGUGGUGCGUUAAAAAAUCACUGUGUAAUGAGUGAUGUUAUUUUGAGAAUUUUAUGCACAUGUGAGUAUAAAGGGUUGAGAACUACAGUAUAUGAAACAAGUCACAGUGCUUGGAAACUUUCUAUAGCUUGGAUUAUAAGAUUUCUCAUGUGGAACAUGAGAGUUACGUUAAGAAAAAUUAUUUUCCUCCACUUUAAGACUCCAAACCAACUUUUCUUAGCUGUGACCAUUACAGUGUUACUGUCUUCUCCCUAAGAUUUUGGAAGGAGCAAGUUCCUCACCACCACCACUGUUAGUGAAUUAUGUAGAAGAGCACUUCUGUAUAGCUUUCUUCAUCACAUAUCCCCAUUUAUUGCCCUAAAUUGCCUGUUUAAAAAUGUGGUCAUGCUAAUAGAGAAUCCUUUCCGUUGAAUGAUACUGAAUUUCAGGAAGGUAAGUUGUUGAUCAUGGAUACAACUUCAUUGGUGUAGAAGUAAAUGUUAUUGAUGCUCUAAGUAAAAAAUUAGCUUUGACUUAGUGAACUCAAAAGUUUUAUAUAACUGGAUUUUUGCUAUGUAGAUUUAUUCCUUAAAAAUAGGUAUGAGUGGAUAUUUUUAUAGAUAAGUAGACUGUGUUUUAGAUGUAAUGAAACUUUGCAUCUAAUUCUGUCCUAUAGCAUAGAAUAAAUCACUGCCCCUUAAUUUUUCUGACUAAAUUUUUAUUUACUGGCUUUGCUUAGCAUAUUCUCCCUCCUUUCUCUUUUUUUCAGCUUUAUGGAGGUAUCAUUGACAAAUAAAAUUUUAAGAUAUUUAAAGUGUACAACAUGAUGAUUUGAUAUACAUUGUGAAAGGUUUCUUCCCUGUGAAGUAAUUAACACAUCUAUCACCUCACAUAUUUACUUUUUUUUUUUGGUGAUAACAUUUAAGUUCUCUUAGCAAAUUUCAGUUAUACAAUUCAGUGUUAAUCAACAAUAGUCACCAUAUCCUCCCUCCUUUCUUUUCACACUUGCUUCUUCUUUCCUAGGCUCUUCCUCUCCCUCUCUCAUUCCCCUCAUUGUCCUCUAUCCUUUUCUACUAUCCUUAGCCUGUGUGCUAGUUUGUAGAAAAUUUUUUUACAAAUUAUUCAUGUAUUCUUAUGUAAGUAUUUUUCUUUACAAAAGAUCCUGUAGUGGUCUUAAUAGAUUAUAAUUUUAUGUUUAAAAUUUGUGCAGGAAAUCAGUGCUCCAUGACUUACUCUGUGCAGAUGACUUGGCUCCUUUAGUCUAUUUAAAAAAACAUAUUAGACAAACAAGUAAUUGUUUAUUAGUCUUUAAUAAUUGUUCACUUGAACUAACAACAUAAGAAUUAUUUUUUAAAGAAAUUUUUUAGUGUAAGGAAUUAAAAAAACUGAAAUAGAUGGCCUUUGAAUAAGAAAUUAUAAUUUACUGUUAUUGUUAUUUAAAAGUAUAUUAAGGAAUUAAGGCAUUAAAACAUUUUAGAAAGUACAACUGCCUCAAGAUUAUUUUCACAGAUGUACUCUUCAUUGAUUUUGUAUGCUAAAAGCAUUUAUCCAUUUCUGUCUCUAAAUAUGUUAUUUACAAGGUAAAAAAUCUCUUAUUAUAUUUUUGGUAUAUAUU